AUGCUCCUCACUCUGGAAGGAAUACCGUAUCCUUCAACAGUUCGUGGUUGCCCCAAUAUUGUUCAAUGCUUUGAUAUGCUGACCAUUAUUGAAUCUGAGGUGCCGAAUUACAACUUGUUUCUUGAUUAUGCCCCUGGUGGGGAUCUUCUGAAUUUGAUCAAGAAAUAUGGCGGUAAAAUACCAGAAUCUCAUGUAAAGUCCUAUACGAGAAUGUUGCUUGAAGGGCUUCGUGAUGUUCAUAAGAGAGGUUACGUCCAUUGUGAUCUCAAACCAGGAAACAUUCUUGUUCAUCCCUCUGAUCAACCCGAUUCGCUUAGUACUUUGAGGAUUGCUGAUUUUGGCUUAGCCAAGGAACCUGAAGAAACAGAUGGGCCAAGGACUUGUCCUCACCAGCUUACUUUUCGAGGUACUGCGCGUUACAUGUCACCAGAAUCUGUCAAGGAUGGGAAUAUCACUGCUGCUUUGGACAUAUGGUCGCUAGGAUGCGUUGUUGUUGAGAUGAUGACUGGAAAUCCACCUUGGGAAUCUGUCACAACUAAUCGAGAGUUGGCGAUGAAGAUUGCACUGACAGACUAUAUACCAGAUAUACCCCAAGACAUGUCAAACUUAGGGAAAGAUUUCUUGAUGAAGUGCUUUGCUAAGGAUCCUCGGAAUCGUUGGACUGCUGCUAUGCUGAGAAGUCAUCCUUUUAUCUAUCUUGACAGUACAUUUUUUGCAGCGAAAAUAAGUUUUCUUCAAGUUCCUUCGGGAGAAGCUUCAAAUCCUUGGGGAAUACAACCUGUUGUCUAGCA